UUCCGGGUUUGGCAAGGUUGUUUCACGAUCACAUGUUUUCUCGUUGUUUGGAGGCUCCCUGGCUGCUAUAACGAUGUCUUUGCGACUGUCAAUCAUGUUUUUGGUGUUCCUUAUAGUUUUGAACCAUCUUAGGACUGGGAUAAAAGCCGACAAGCUUCAGUAUAUGCCGGAGAAGCCCCCCUCCCCCUCGCUAUGUUGUCAUGAUCAACUGGAUACGCCCACCACGUAUAUAGCAGCCGUAUACGAGCAUGAUACGUACCUUCUACAGGACCCUCACCGUGUACUGGACAGGAACAGCGCCUUGGAACUCAUGAAGAAAAAUCUCAAGGUGUUUGAGGAUCAAGCAAGACUCGCUUCCAAACAGGGAGCACAGAUCAUUGUAUUUCCAGAGGACGGCAUCUAUGGCAUGGGUUAUACCCGUCAAUCUAUCUUCCCAUUCCUGGAGGAAAUUCCGGACCCUUCGCUGGAAUCUUGGAAUCCGUGCGUCAACCCUGACCAGCAUUCCGAGACAGAAGUUCUGCGUAUCCUUAGCUGUAUCGCACGGAAUAACAGCAUUGUUGUUGUCGCAAACAUGGGUGACAAACAAAACUGUUCCAGAAAAGAAGACCCAAAUUGUCCGAACGACAGUCGCUACCAGUUCAACACCGAUGUUGCGUUUGACAACGACGGACAACUUCUCGCCAAAUAUCACAAAUAUAAUCUCUUCUAUGAAAAUCAGUUUGAUGCCCCACCUAAGUGUGAACACGUGAAAUUCACGGUGUUUUCUGUGACUUUCGGCAUGUUCACUUGUUUCGAUAUUCUGUUUAAAGAUCCUUCAGUGGAAGUUGUUGAGAAGUUGGGGGUUAAGAAUGUGGUUUUUCCAACAGCUUGGGGAAAUGCAUUGCCUCUAAGGCAUGCAAUUCAGUACCACCAGGCAUGGGCUAUGGGAGAAAAUGUCAAUCUUCUAUCAGCCAAUCAGCAUCAUCCUUUCUUCAGCAUGACAGGCAGUGGGAUUUACUCUGGCCAAUCAGGAGCCUUGGUUUACUACCAUGAUUCUGAUUGGUCGAGUGGAGGUAAACUGCUUAUUGCGAGAGUGCCUACGGAUCCUGCUUGUAAUAAUGAUGAAAACUUUUGUAACAAAAUCACAGAAAAUGACAAGAAAGUUGAUUAUCCUGAACAGAAUUACUAUGACAAUGCUAUUUCUAAGCUUUGGGGUGAGAACAAACCAUCUCGAUCUGCAAAUCUCAUUGGGCAGACAUUCCAGUCAAAGUUGGAAGAAGACAUUUAUACUUUCUCACCCCUCAAAAAUGGAACAGGCCAGAUAGAGGUCUGUGAUAAUGCACUGUGCUGCCAGUUGGAUUAUUCCAUGUCACUGAAGGAGGGGGAGCUGUAUGCAUUUGGUGCCUUUGAUGGACUCCAUACAUUCCAAGGGCAGUACUAUUUGCAGGUAUGUGUUUUGCUGAAGUGUCACUCAAACGCCCACUCCUCCUGUGGAACAGGAACCACAUCUGCAGGAACAGCCUUCUCCUUCCUCCACAUGGCUGGAAACUUCAGCACUUCUUAUGUGUAUCCAGAGGUCACCACGGACGGUGUCUCACUGGCGCCACCUAGUGAGUGGAAGUAUGAAGCACAGGCAAUAAGGAGCACUGAGGGACUGUCGAAACCUUUGCUAUCAGCUGGAUUAUAUGGGCGCUGGUAUGACAGAGAUUGA